AUGUCGUCGCAAAUAUCCCUCGCCUCACUGCAGGCCCACCUACCCGUCGCGCACCCAGUGCCGACACCCGUUACCCACCCGUCAUUAUUCUCACCUAGCGACCUGACGCGGGAAGAAGACCUCCUACGAAAUCCGUUCUCUUUCCGACACUGGUGGACGUCUAUCUAUACUACACGAGAAGCCCAAAAUGCGCUCGUACGGCUUGAAAAGGCCGAUGCGUUUACGGACGAAGAGCGGGAGGUGCUCGGCGCACUUGCGUCGCCUGCAGCACGUGAAGCUCUGCAACGCCUCACAUAUCUCUACGAGUCAGCGCUCCAGCAUUUCCCUGGCAGCUACAAGCUCUGGAAGUCGUAUUUGCAAUUGCGCAAGAGCUACGUGGGUGGGAAACUUGUCAACAAGAAGAAGGCUGGUGGGAAGAAGAGGUUGCCGGAUAUGAAGGACGCAUUGGAGGAGGAGCAGGAGGAUAUCGAGGAGUGGGAGGGCGGUGUUGAUGGCGUCGUUGGCUGGGAGGAGUGGAAGGCGCUCAUCGCGACGUUCGAAAGGUGUUUGAUGUGGCUACCCAAUAUGCCGCGUAUAUGGCUCGAGUACACAUCACUGUUCAUGCACCCAAAAUGCCCACCAGCACUCUCGCACACGCAUGCUCGUAGGACAUUCGACCGUGCCCUACGAACUCUCCCACCAUCUCUACAUCACCGCAUCUGGGCUCCAUACCUAAUCUGGUCAGAGGCCCGCGGUGGUCUGACGACAGCGGCCGUCUACAGGCGCUACCUCGCCGUCGACCCGUCCGUGACAGAACGCUUCACCGCCAUUCUCCUCUCGCCACACAACCCGGCACCUCGUCCACUAGAGGCAGCCAAAUUACUUCUCAAACUCGCACGGCAGGCUGCGAGGGGCGAAUACAUCAGUCCAGAGGGCAAGAGCCCGUAUCAGCUCCUUGGAGAAUGGUUGGACGUCGUCGAAGCUCACGCGGAGGACGUCGGUUUGGACGUCGACGAAACCGACGAAAGCAACCAAAAGGACGAGACAGCCGCUGCCGACCAGGCCGCCGCAUCAGCCGCCGGCGAUGCACAAGCGCCCGCGUCCGUAAAAGGCUCACUCAUCCGCUUUGCUGGCCCGGCCGUUCCCGUCAACGAAGACGGCAAGGCCGUACCAGCGUACGACUCAGACGAAGACCCUUCGUCUCCCGUGAAACAGAACGUUGAGCGGAUUGUGAGGAACGACGGGUUGGCGGUCUAUAAGGAUCAAGCUGGGCGUCUGUGGACGGGUCUCGCGACAUAUUGGAUUAAGCGCGGAGAGUUUGAUCGGGCGAAGGAGACGUUCGAGGCUGGAUUGGCGGCUGUCUUGACUAUCCGGGACUUCACGCAGAUCUUCGACGCGUAUGCCGAGUUUAGCGAGUCUAUCGUCAGUGCGCUCAUGGAGGCGCUCGCGGAAGAAGAUGACGAGGGGGACGAGGAGGCGCAGAGCAAGGAGGAGAUGGAGAAGGAGAUCGACGAGAAGAUGAAGGACUUCGAGGCGCUCAUGGACAGGAGACCGUUCUUGCUCAAUGAUGUGUUGCUGAGGAGAAAUCCGAAUGACGUGCAAGAGUGGGAGAAGAGGAUUGCAUUGUGGGGAGAGGAUGACGAGAAGGUCGCAGAGACAUACACUCAAGCGAUCUCGACUAUCAAUCCACGCAAGGCGACUGCGAACUUCUAUCGGCUAUACACCAACUUCGCACGCUUCUAUGAGGAUGGCGGCACUACUGGUUCGGCAGAGCGCGACCUGGACUCUGCUCGCAAGAUCUACGAGAAGGCCACGAAAGUCAACUUCAAGGCUGUCGAGGACCUUGCCGAAGUCUGGGUCGAGUGGGCCGAGAUGGAGCUCCGACACGAGAACUAUGACGAGGCCAUCCGUCUCAUGCAACGAGCCACUGCUGUCCCGCGCAACUCUAAGAUCUCCUACCACGACCACACACUCUCGGCCCAAGCCCGCCUCUUCAAAUCAACCAAGCUCCGGGCUUUCCACGUCGACCUCGUCGAGUCCCUCGGUACCGUCGAGGAGACCAAGGCCGUCUACGACAAGAUCCUUGAGUUGCGAAUCGCAAAUGCGCAGAUCAUCGUGAAUUAUGCGGGAUUCUUGGAGGAGAACGAGUACUUCGAGGAGAGCUUCAAGGUCUAUGAGCGUGGCGUGGAGCUGUUCACGUAUCCCGUCUCAUUCGAGAUCUGGAACAUCUACCUAGGGAAGUUCGUCAAGCGCUACGGCGGAUCAAAAUUGGAGCGCGCGCGCGACCUCUUCGAACAAGCGCUCGACAAAUGCCCUCCGAAGCACUGCAAGCCCAUCUUCCUCAUGUACGCCCAACUCGAACAAGAGCACGGUCUCGCGAAGCGCGCAAUGUCGAUCUACGACCGUGCGACCUCUGUCGUAUCCGACGGCGACAAGUUCGAGAUGUUCUCGAUCUACAUUGCUCAAGCCGCAUCGAACUACGGUUUACCCGCCACGCGACCCAUCUACGAGCGCGCGUUGGAGACGUUGCCGGACAAACCUGCCAGCCAGAUGGCGCUGCGGUUCGCGAACCUCGAGCGGAAGCUGGGCGAGAUUGACAGGGCGCGGGCGAUCUAUGCUCACGCGAGCCAGCUUUGCGAUCCGAGGACGAACGCCGAGUUCUGGAGCGCGUGGCACAGCUUCGAGAUCGAUGCGGGCAGCGAGGACACGUUCAGGGAGAUGUUGCGCGUUAAGAGGAGUGUGCAGGCCAGGUUCAACACGGAAGCGAGCUAUUUGGUUGCAACUGCUGCGAGCAAUGCGCCGGUGCAGGAGGCGCAGCCGGCGGAUCCGAUGGCGGCAGCGGAGAGGGCCGGUGGGAAGACGGCGUUCGUGGCGGCGAGCACCAACCCGGUCAAGGAGGCUCAGCCGGUGGAUGUGGGCAACGCGGAGGAGAUCCAGAUCUCAGACGAGGAGUAG